UUGAUUUUCCUGUCAGACAGAAUUGCUGCGGCAAAGGGCGUGGAACGUACGAGUGUAGCGGAGGUGCUCUGUCGAGAUUCUGCAAUUUUUAACUAGAAAGUCUGAUUUUUAAAACUAUGUGGUCUCAAAUCAGUGUAAUAUCCUUUGUAGUAACGUUUUCCACAUUGAGUUCAUUUGGAAGCUGCUCAAUUUAUCACAAUCUAAAGUAUUUCGAGACUAUACAUGCCUCAAGUCUUUCACACCACAUUGUUAAGCGUGGGGCUAAGGUGUCCAACCACCCUUUCAAUACCAUCAAGGAGCUUCACUUUAAGACCCUUGGAAAGGAUUUUAGACUAGUCCUACAUCCCCACAGUUCUGUGCUACAUUCCAACUUCAAAGCAUAUGCUGUUGACGGGGACGGGAAAGAAACUACUGUUCAUGUCGAUCGAGAUAACUUUUACACUGGCCGAGUGUUUGGCGAAAAAGCUUCAGAUGUAAAGUUACAUAUGGAAGAUGGUAUGAUAACAGGAAUCAUACACACUCCUGAUGAAACAUAUCAUAUUGAGCCAUCCUGGCGACACCUUCCACAUCUAAAUGAUAAAACGAUGAUUACAUAUCGAUCUUCCGAUAUACACUUCAGUUGGAAAGGGGCUGAAGAAACCAAGGGAACCAAGCCCCGAGUUUGUGGCUAUGUGAAAGAAGGGAAAGAAUUGGAAGAAGACGAUGAAGAUGAAGUUGAAGUAAUUGGUGAUGUGGAAUCAGAUCAUGAGCAAUUAGAAAAGGAUAAAUAUUUAGAAGACGUAUACUUAAACACUACAGAUAUUACACAAAGCAAUAAAAAACGCGUGAAAAGACAAAGCGACUAUGAAUAUACUCCAACAAAAACGAGAUGCCCAUUGCUGCUUGUGGCCGAUUACAGAUUUUUUCAAGAAAUGGGUGCUAGUAAUACUAAGACGACUAUCAGUUAUUUGAUCAGUCUCAUUGAUAGAGUACAUAAGAUUUACAAUGACACACUUUGGCAAGACCGACAGGAUAUGGAUGGCUUCAAAGGAAUGGGUUUUGUUAUAAAGAAGAUCUUAGUACAUUCGGAGCCAACACGUGUGCGCGGUGGCGAGGCGCAUUACAAUAUGGUUCGCGAGAAAUGGGAUGUACGAAACCUACUCGAGGUUUUUAGUCGUGAGUACUCUCACAAAGACUUCUGCUUAGCCCAUCUAUUCACAGACCUCAAGUUUGAAGGCGGUAUUCUUGGGUUAGCCUACGUCGGCUCCCCGCGACGGAACUCAGUUGGCGGUAUAUGCACACCAGAAUACUUCAAGAACGGCUACACGCUGUAUCUGAACUCUGGUUUGAGUUCGUCUCGGAAUCAUUACGGUCAGCGCGUGAUAACUCGAGAAGCUGACUUAGUGACGGCCCACGAGUUUGGCCACAACUGGGGCUCGGAGCACGACCCCGACGUGGCCGAGUGCUCCCCCGCGGCCAGUCAGGGCGGCUCAUACCUCAUGUACACGUACAGCGUGAGCGGGUAUGAUGUCAACAAUAAGCGCUUUUCGCCGUGUAGUCUUCGGUCAAUACGAAAGGUCUUGCAAGCCAAAUCUGGUCGAUGUUUCUCUGAACCAGAAGAAAGUUUCUGUGGUAACUUGAGAGUCGAAGGCGGGGAGGAGUGUGACGCUGGCUUAUUAGGUACUGAAGACAAUGAUAUGUGUUGUGAUAAAAAUUGUAAACUAAGGAAGAAUCAGGGAGCUGUGUGCAGUGAUAAAAACUCUCCGUGUUGCGCGGGGUGUGUGUUUGCGCCGCCUGGAGUCGUGUGUCGAGAAGCCGCGCAUUCAGCCUGCGAGGGAGAGGCCACAUGCAAUGGAGCCUCUGCUGACUGUCCGAAGGCUCCGGCUAUAGCGGACGAACACGAAUGCGCGGAACGCGGUCGCUGCCGCAACGGGACGUGCGUGCCUUAUUGUGAAACACAGGGGAUGCAUAGUUGCAUGUGCGACAUAGUUGCGGAUGCUUGUAAACGGUGUUGCCGUAAAAGCCUGAACAAGACUUGUUUUCCGGUGGCUCAUAAUGACAUUUUGCCGGAUGGAACACCCUGUAUUCAAGGGUUUUGCAACAAGGGUGUUUGUGAAAAGACUAUCCAAGAUGUCGUGGAACGCUUUUGGGAUAUAAUAGAGGAUAUCAAUAUUAACAACGUUCUCGGUUUCCUUCGCGAUAACAUUGUGGGCGUGGUCGUUCUUGUUACCGCCUUCAUAUGGAUACCUACUAGUUGCGUGAUUAGUUACGUGGAUCGACGUCGACAACGUCAGCAUCAGAAGUAUUUGGACUGGGAAAGACAACAUGACCUCGUGCAUCCGUCAUCGCCUCGCAAAAUUAUACACACAAGAUUGCCGAAACAGAAACCUCCUGGCAUGAAGGGCACGAUACAAGGCUCAAGCCAAUUGUAAUAUUGUUAUUUUUUCUAAAUAAAUAAAUUUGAAAAUGUA